AUGGUGGCCUCGGUGGGCUGCGAGCCGGGCAAGGGGCGCGACAUCAGCCUGGCGGCCCUGCAGCGCCAUGACCCCUACAUCAACAGCAUCGUGGACAUGGCCAGCCAGGUGGCUCUGUACACCUUCGGCCAUCGAGCUAACGAGUGGGAGAAGACUGACGUGGAAGGAACCUUAUUUGUUUAUACAAGGUCUGCUUCUCCAAAGCAUGGCUUCACCAUUAUGAAUAGGCUGAGCAUGGAAAACAGAACCGAGCCCAUUACUAAAGACCUGGACUUCCAGCUCCAGGACCCUUUCCUUCUCUACAGAAAUGCCAGACCUUGGAGAAAACUGGAGUUUAAAAUGUUGGCUGCUCCUGGUAUAGGCACCACUGACCAGACUAGUGAUAUCAGGCCUCCUGACAGUGAGAGACACACAAACCAAGUAUGGGAGGGACCACAGCAUCAGCCUGCCCAAGAUGACUCCGAAGCACCCAGAAGAAGCAACUAUGACUUGGGUUUUUCUGUCAUUCUGCUGUUUCCUGUAGUAAAGGCCAAGCACGCCGUGGAUGGUUCUGAAGAUGAGGAAGAGUUAAGUCCAGCCAAGCGCUCAGAGGGAAACUUUGGGCACUCACACGUCUGGCUUCGCCGGCCCCAGUGCCGCGGACGUGGCCGCCACGGGGGCGGCGCGGCUCCCGCGUCCGAAAGUCCCGGGGCUGCGUGGGCUCUGCCACCGCCGCCUUCAGCCCCCACCCCACGUCGGAACACGACCUCGGCUCCCCGCCGCCCCUGCCCCGCUCCUCUUCGCCCCACGCGCGCCGCGCGCCCGCACGCGAUCGCAGCCCCUGCAGGUACCUGGCCGCGGAGCGUGGCCGGGCUCGGCGAGACGCGCAGACGACAGCACGGCUCGGGCCCCGGCGCGCGACCCCCGCCCGCCGCCUCCGCGGCCGGCGGCCCCGCGCAGCAGGUGGUGGCCCGGAGGGCGCGGGGUCCGAGGCCGAAAGCGGCGCGCGGGCGCGACCCUCGGACGGCGGCCCGGCCCUGCGCUCGGCGCGCGCCCCCGGCUCGCCCCCGGCGCCGGCAGGGCUCGGUUCGGCUGCGCUCGGCUCGGCUCGGCUCGGCUCGGCGGGGGCGGACGCCGCUCUUCUCCUCUCCGCUCCGCUUCGCUCCGCUCGGCGCCGCGCGCUCCUCCCCCGCGGCGUGCCGCCUCCGCCGCCCCGCGGCACCCGCACCUCGCCGGGCCGGCGGACCCCGGCCACCCCGCGCCUGCUCCGGCCCGCCCGCGCGGCGGCGCUGUCGCAGCCCGGCUCCGGGCCUCCCCUACCUGGGCCCAGCCGGGGGGCCCGAGACCCCCGACCGCGCGAGGCAGCUCGCGGGGCGCGGGCACCGCGGGGUCCCGAGCCGGCCGGGCCGACGCCAGCCGCCCCCUCCCGGGCCCUCCGGGCCUGGGUGCCCCGCCUCGGCCGCGGCCGGUCCUUGCGCCGCCCGUCCCCGGGCCGAGAGGGAGGGAAGUGUGCAUCCGAAUAAAAGUGAAGUGUUUGUUUUGGUGACCCUGUGGCCCCGAGCGUCAAAGGCUAAUUAG